AUGGGAAAGAUCUUCCGUCUUUGUUGUUGUUGCAUCUUUGUCAACAUCUCUCUCUCGACCCUCUGCCAGUUUCAGCCUAAAGUCAACUCCAUCAUAUUCACCCCGAGAGUCUCCUCUGACCCUGACAUGGAUCGCAGCUUCUGCACCUUCCAGCCGCUGUCCCCUCAGGACGCUCUGGAGGAACGCCUCUUACUAGGUUCCACCGCUUGGCCUAAAACUCAAAUUUUGCCAGCUCUUGGUUCCUUGGAGCAGACCAGUGAUCCAGCUCACAGCAACUUCACCAUUCACCCAGGGAGGAGAGGAGGACAGUGGCAUGUAGGGGAUCAGCUGGAGGUCAUGAUACAAACCUCUGACUUCCAGGGUCGUGCCAAGAUGUCUGGGGGGGACUUCCUACUCGCCCGGCUGCACAACCGGAAGCUUGAAGCUGGUGUUGCUGGGCAAGUGGUGGAUCAUCUAAAUGGGAGCUACUCAGCUGUCUUCUCUUUACUCUGGAAAGGAGACGCACAGGUUGAGGUUACGCUGGUUCACUCUAGUGAGGCCAUCUCAGUGCUCGACAGGCUGACCAGAGAACAGCCAGACCGGAUUUACUUUAAGAGCCUCUUCAACUCAGGCUCACUCUCUGAAGUCACCAUCUGUAACGUCUGCCUACGGCCAACCCAGCCGCUGUGUAACUACACAGACCUCCGUACAGGGGAGCCUUGGUUCUGUUACAAGCCAAAGAAUCUGAGCUGUGAUGCCAGGAUCAAUCAUGUUGGGGGAGGAUAUAAACAAAACCUCAAGGACGAGGAGGAGAAGCUCUUUCAAAGUGAUGUCAAUAUGAAAGUCUCCAUUCGGGCUUCAGGACCUUCCAAUGUCACUGUGUUGCCAAACAAGAGAGGUCACCUGAAGGUGAAGAGCAGCACUGUGACAUCUGGACCUUCUGGUUAUUACUACCAGGGUUUGUGGCGAGCACUAAGUGGAACCACAAUUCGCCAAUUCAACACGUCUGCCAUCACUGCGUGUCUGAAAGGCAAGGCGGUCCACAUGUAUGGAGACUCCACCAUCAGGCAGUGGUUUGAAUUCCUCAACAAAGCCCUAGCAGGUCUUGCGGAGUUUGAUCUUCACAGCUCAAAGCAAGGCGGACCUUUAAUGACCUUAGACUAUGCAAACAACAUCUUGGUGACGUUCCGCUGCCAUGGUCCUCCUCUCCGUUUUUCCAACAUCCCAACUAGAGAGCUUCGUUACAUUGCCAAUGAGCUAAAUGGCUUAGUUGGAGGCACCAACACUGUUGUAGUCAUUGGCAUUUGGUCUCACUUCAGCACUUUUCCCAUGGUGAUCUACAUCAGGAGGCUGCAGAGCAUCCGCAGGGCGGUGGUGCGGCUGCUGGACAGGGCUCCAGACACGCAGGUCGUCAUCCGGACAGCAAACCUUAAAGCUUUGACACUUUAUGAGACAAUUACCAACAGCGACUGGUUCUCACUGCAGCGUGAUAAGGUGCUCAGAGCCAUGUUCAAAGGACUGAAUGUCCAUCUAAUCGAUGCCUGGGAGAUGAGCCUGGCCCACUAUCUGCCGCAUAACCUCCACCCACAACCUCCCAUUAUUAAGAAUAUGAUCAACCAUAUCUUGUCCUACAUAUGUCCUCAGAAGGCUGGCUAGUUCUGCUCUGUAUAGGGGAGGGGAAUUCGGGGAUUGAAGAUCAUGAGUUUACAUGUUAGCUCAUGUUCCAAUGUCAGGUCCUGGGACAGAGGAUGUAUGUGUACAGAUGGUAAAGCCUUCUGAGGCAAAUGUAUUAAUCUGAUGAAUACAAUUUAUUAUAUUCAGCAGACUGCAUGGGUAUUAAAAACUGCUGAAUGAUCACACACAACAUAAUGUGUCUUGGCAUUGCCUCACAGAAUUGCCAAAGGUGGUUGUGGGUCAGUGGUUUAAGAUUCAGAAACUGUGUUCCCUCGUCUCAGAAACAUGGUUGUGGGACUUAAUCAUUAUUCUUUUAGUUGCUUCACAAAGAAGAGACAUCUUUAUCCCUGGUCUUUCGAUUAUGAUGGCAUUUGUAGAUGAACAAAAUGCACACAGAAUAUCCUUCCACAUGUCCAAAUAUCAAGGAUCCUAUUGAAUCAACAACAAUGACAUAUUGUUUUAUUUUUGCCUUUCUUACAACAAUGGUAUGUUUUCCUGUUUUCAUCUUUACAAAAAAGAUAAGCUAAAUACUGAGUCUCAAUUUCAAUUUAUAUACACAUAUAUAGAUUUUUUUUUCUCCAAGUGGCAAAAUUGGGGUUUCUUUCAUCAAAAGAAUGUGAUUUUGUAACGCCCUGUUCUGUGUCUCCCCAGUGUAGCUUGAUUGAUCAUUCCCUGCAACUGUAACGCCCUGUUCUGUUUCUUAUCUUUGUCUCCUCUGUCUUGAUUGUUCAUUCCCUUCACCUGCCCUCAGCCACACUUGUUCCUCUGAUUGUUUCAUGGCCUGAACCUGCCCUCAGACAUUUUUAUCCCGUUAUUGUCUCAUGACGUACAUCUGUUUCCCCCCCGUAUAUAUUGUGCCUGUCUUUCCUUUGUCUCCUGUCGGAUUGUUGCCUUCUUUAAUCUCCUUGUUCCUGGGUGUUUUGUCUCUUGUGCCAAUGCGCCUAUGACCAUUGUGUCGAUGUCCUUUUUCUCAGUAAAAAGUAUUUUUUGUUUCUAAUCAAACCUGGAGUCCAGCCUUGUUUCUCUCCACCUGAGCGUCACCCCGUGACAACCCGUAACAGCAAAUGCCCUCAGCCACUCCUGUCUCAUGAUUGUUUCAUUCCUUGCAUCUGCCCUCUAUGGGGUCAGAUCAGUCUCAAUAAUUGCAAAUGCACACACUCACAAAUGUAAACACACAAAUUCACAAAUGCAUGCAAAAAAGUUCACGAAUAUAUACAAUAUAUAAAUGCACCCAGAAAGAUUCACAAAUACAUUCCAAUACACACGUAAAUAAAUUACGAUUUAUAUCAAUUUAAAAGAAAAAUCCCAAAUAUAUUUAGGCAUUUCUAUGUGGAUUUGU